AUGUCCGCCGCUAAGACCAAGGCUCAGACCCUCAUCAACGAGAACGGCGUUGUCGUCUUCUCCAAGAGCUACUGCCCCUACUGCACUGCCACCAAGAAGCUAUUGAAGGAGAACGGCGCCAAUUUCACCACUCUUGAGCUUGAUCAGAUUGAUGACGGCUCUGCUAUCCAGGACGCCCUCGAGGAAAUCACCCAACAGCGCAGUGUGCCCAACAUCUUCAUCAACCAGAAGCACAUCGGUGGAAACUCUGACCUUCAGGCCAAGAAGGGUGAGCUUCCCGCUCUGCUCAAGGCUGCUGGUGCCGUUUAG